GGGUGCCGCGGGCCAGAGGCGGCGCCUGAGAGCCAGUGGCUGCGGUGGUCUGGAAGUUGCGCACUGUCUUCCCAGUCUCCCUGGGUACCGGGAGGGCGUCCUGAGGCAGCCGCUGGACGCGGGCCUCAGGGCAGUGCAAGGUAGGAUGGACCGUCGCUGACAGGACAGCGUCCCGAGGCAGCGCGUCCCCUCCAGGCCGCCGUAGGCGCGGAGCCUGUGGUCACGUGGCCCAGGGCUUCGCCAUGGCGGCCCCGAGGCCGCUGUCCCGCUUCUGGGAGUGGGGGAAGAACAUCGUCUGCGUGGGGAGGAACUACGCGGACCACGUCCAGGAGAUGCGCAGCGCGCUGCCCACCGAGCCCGUGCUCUUCCUGAAGCCGUCCACCGCGUACGCGCCCGAGGGCGCGCCCGUGCUGGUGCCCGCCUACUGCCGCAAGCUGCACCACGAGGUGGAGCUGGGUGUGCUCCUGGGCCGCCGCGGCCGCGCAGUCCCGGAGGCUGCCGCCAUGGACUACGUGGCCGGCUAUGCCCUGUGCCUGGACAUGACCGCCAGGGAUGUGCAGGACGAGUGCAAAAAGAAGGGGCUGCCCUGGACUCUGGCCAAGGGCUUCACAGCCUCCUGCCCGGUCAGCGCCUUCGUGCCCAAAGAGAAGAUCCCUGAUCCUCACGCCCUGAGGCUGUGGCUCAAGGUCAACGGGGAGCUCAGGCAGGAAGGCCAGACGUCCUCCAUGAUCUUUUCCAUCCCGUACAUCAUCAGCUACGUUACUAAGAUAAUGACCUUGGAAGAAGGAGAUCUUAUCUUGACCGGGACGCCCAAGGGAGUUGGACCAGUUAAAGAAAAUGAUGAGAUCGAGGCUGGCAUAGAUGGGGUGGUCAGUAUGAGGGUUAAGGUGGAAAGGUCAGAAUAUUAAGUACACAGAGCGCCUUAACUUCUUGUCAGGAGAGAAGGUACUUCUAAAGAAUGAUUCAAUUGGGUUGGUAAGCCUCAAUCAAGAAAGAUGGACUCAUUGGAUAAACUGGGACAGAAUUACAAACAACCAAAAUAAAGUGAUGCUUUCCAAAGGGAGAAUGUAAUGAACCAAACCUUCAGAGGUUUGUUUCCUAAAACUAAACUGAAUUAAGACUUUCAGUGAGUCUUUCUGGGAUCAGUAGUUCAAGACUUCAAAUCUGCAAAGGACACGAAGUCACGUUCCAAGUGUUUCUCAAACUUUCUUGAACUUGAUAGUCAUCUGGAGGCAUGACUGGCCCAUUCCAGACUAGCUGAAUCAAUUAAUGGAAUUAAUCUCCAGGGAAGCAGUUUACAGAGCACUCUGAUUCUUAACAGGGAAACAUGAAAAAUCCUACUCCGUGUAAUCAGUUAACUUAGUUUUAUUAGUUAAUGAUCAGUGGAUGAAGACUGCCCCUGUUUUCUUUGGGUAUCUAUUACUGGCCUGUAGAUUCUGAGUUUGGGAGAUAGUUUUAAAAUUAAAUGUUUUCCAAAUAAAUAUGCUGUAUUUUGUGUGGC